GUCGACAGCAACCCCGUUGGCGCCCUCGUUCCUUUCGCCCAGCCUCUGGUUGAGGAUAAGCAGGCCAAGAAGGUUCUCAAGAGCGUGAAGAAGGGUAAGAGCAUCUGCCUAUAUCAAUACAGACUCUAUACAAUGCAUUGAGUCCUGGGCCUCUGGUCUUAAGGACAUAGAUGAGCCCGGGAAUCAAUGCAGAUCUCGACUGAUUAAUGCGACCUUCCCUGCCUGACCAUAUACUAAUUGACAUGUUUCAAACAGCUGCUGUCAACAAAUGCUUGAAGCGUGGUGUCAAGGAAGUUGUCAAGGCCCUCCGCAAAUCUCCCAUCCCCGCCGCCAACGCCACCAUCGCCGUUCCCAACGGCGUUGUCAUUCUUGCCGCCGACAUCUCGCCCAUGGACGUCAUCUCUCACAUCCCCGUCCUGUGCGAGGACCACGGAAUCCCAUAUGUCUUCGUCACAUCCCGAGCUGAGCUCGGCAACUCUGCCGCCACGAAACGCCCCACCAGUGUCGUAAUGGUCGUGCCCAAGUCGGGCUCCAAGGGCAAGAAGGGUGAGGACGAUGGUGAGGACUUCACCGAGGUGUACGAGGAGUUGGCCAAGCUGGCUCAGAAGGAGCUGAAGCGAGUGAACCUGUAAAAGGUUUAUCGGGUGGUUUCUUUUUUCCGUUAUUUCCUAAUUUAUAUGGCUUCUUUAUUUUGUCUUGUCAACUUGCGAUGGCUGUACAGUUCCACUUUGAUGUCUGACAAGGCAGUGCAUGUCUUUG